UUAAAGUGUUUUAUUUUAAUCGCCAUAGAGCAACACUUACAAUUUUUCCUUCACAUUAACGUAUUUUUGUUGCAAAUGGGACAUAUUGUCUGAACACUAUACCUGUUUGAAAAGGAACAUUUAUUACCAACCGACAAAUAUUUUCAAGCGAUGGAAUAGAACAAAUGAAUGAAAAUGUAUUGGAAUUUCAAAAUGUCUUAUUUAAUAAAUACAUUCGUGCUGAUUAAUAACCCUUGCUAUUAUAUUGGGCUGGCUGCUGGUAUGCCUUGCUACGGGGUGCAGGUUGAUAAGAUUUAGAAGGGGCUGGUUGGUAUUUGGCUGGGGCUGGUUGAUAAGCUUUAGAUGGAGCUGGUGCCCUGUAUGCAGCAACGAAGUAUUGGGCUGCCUGGCCAGGGUAUCCCUCUUUGUCCUGGGGCACCUCUUGGUCCCUUUUUGCCAGUUUGUCCUGGGUAUCCCUGUGGUCCUUGUGGUCCUGGUGCGCCAUGUGGUCCUGCCUCACCCUGUGGACCAUCGGGUCCUUGUGGUCCAGCAGCUCCCAUUGAUCCGGUUUCUCCCUGUGGUCCUGGGGCUCCCUGGUCACCCUUCUCUCCCAUAGCUCCUGGCAGUCCUGGUGGUCCAGCGGGUCCAUCUUCUCCACUUUCUCCUUGGGGACCAGCCGGUCCAACUGCUCCUGGCAUGCCUGGGAAUCCGGAUUCUCCUUGAGCUCCUGUAAGUCCAACAUCUCCCUGUGGCCCGGGUGGACCCUGUGGUCCCUGCUCUCCCUGGUCUCCAGUGUAACCCUGUGGGCCAUGGGGGCCUGGACGGCCUGGGGCUCCAACAGGUCCUGGCACACCAACAUUUCCUUUAUCGCCGGGGGC